AGCAUUAUCAAUACAGUUGCGCUGAUGCAAUACUCGGACCAGAGUUGAACUGGUCCGGUCGAGAAAGAUUAACAUGCUUCUCCGACCCAGGCAGAUUGUCGUGCAAUACUUUUUGCCAGAGACAGGUCCUUGAAACCUAAAGGCACCAGCCAUGGCUUCGCAAGGCGCGAACCACCCUAUGAAGCUAUGCUUCGUCACGGUGGGAGCCACGGCUUCUUUUCAUUUACUUCUGAAGGCCAUAUUGGACGAUAUAUUUCUAGCUGCUUUGCAUGAAGCCAACUAUACGCAUCUCCUAGUCCAAUACGGGAAGGACAGCCAGGCUCUCUUUGAAGAGCUUCUCAGCAAAUACCCCCCUGGGAGCCCGAGUCGGUACGGUAUCGAGAUCGACGGUUUCGAUUUCAAUCAUGCAGGGCUAGACAGGGAGAUGAGGCUUGCUCAAGCAAGUCCUGACGAAGGUCGAAAUGGGGGGUUGAUUAUUAGUCAUGCAGGAUCGGGCAGUAUCCUGGGCGCACUACGAUUAGGAGUGCCACUUGUGGUUGUUCCCAAUACGACCUUGAAGGAUAACCACCAAGUGGAACUGGCCCGUGAGUUGCAGAAGCAAGGAUAUGUCAUUGCUAGCGGACAUCAGGAGGUGUCUGUUGCUGUAGGGCGCGCAGAGACACUACGAGCUCGCAUGCUGGCUUGGCCGCCUGUCAAUGGAGCAAAUCAGAAACGUCAUCGCACGCUGGAGCAAGUGAUGUCGGAUGAAUUAGGCUUCUUGGAUUAAAUUCAUCCCCCACUGGGGUACCUCUGCUGUGAAGGCAUUGUCUCUGAACCUACUGGUGUAUUUUUGAAGCUUAUAUACUCGUACCUGUGGGCCCCUCAACGAAGUAUACGAUCGGUUCGAGCAGGCUUAGCUGCUGGAAGUGUUGCUUUACAGGUCUUAUAUGCUGCGCAGAUGUCAGCUUUAUAAUUUCCACAAGCAUAAAAUCAAUUGAAAAGACGACCUUAAUACCGAGAA